AUGUUAGCAAAAUUGGAUGUAAAUAGAGACGAAAUGUUGUCAAAAAUAGAUAAACUGGACGAAAUGAACAUGAUGGUUAAAUCAGAAAUUGAAAACAUAAAAUCAAUAAUAAACUCGAAUGAAAACAAGUUUAGUCAGGUUAACCGCUCUGACGACGGUCUUCGCAGUGAAAUCGAUAGUAUGAAAAAAGAAAUGACUGUUACAUUUGCAAGCAUUAUAAAGAGAAAUGUAGACAGCAUCAACAAUGUGGUCAAGGUAGUACAGAAAACUCUUGCUGAAGUGGAUGAAACAAAGAAAAAAGAAACAAACUUGAUUAUAUUUCGCUUAAAAGAGGGCGAAAACGAUCGUGCUAAUGUUGAGACAAUAUUUAAACACUUAACAGAUGAUGUAACGGAAAAAAAUAUUCUUAAGAUAACACGGCUUGGUAAGAAGGAUGAAAAUAAAAUCAGACCUUUGUUGGUAAAACUUGAAAAUAUUGGGAUCAAAAGUUUAAUAAUGAAAAACGUGUAUAAAAUAAAAUCACUGGCUGAAGAAUAUGCAGGCAUUGGACUAAGCGAUGACUUAACAAAAGAACAAAGACAGGAAUACAAGAUGCUGAGGACCGGUUGGAAGAGGGAAAAUAGUGUCGUUUCCAAUGAAAACGAAACAAAACACACCAGUAGCAUAAGCACGGAAGAGGUGAUGUCUAGAAAUGAUGUGAUGAGUGAUUGUAAUGUAUUGCUGGGAAUGUUAAACAUUAGAUCAAUUAAUUCAAACUCGGAUAAAGUUUACGAAAUGAUUCAAGACGGCUUAGACAUUCUUGUUUUGGUAGAAACGUGGCAUGGUUCCACAGAAAAUAUUGAUCUGCCUCCUUUUGACACGUUCGAAGUUGUCGCUCUCAAAUUUGUUAUAAACAGUAAAGAUUUUGUUUUGUUAUCUCUAUACAGACCUGGUUCAGUUCAAGUGAAUGCAUUAUAUUUCGAAGAAUUGUCAAAAGUUUUAGAUAACAUAACACUCCUAAGUUCGAGCAUAUUACUACUUGAUCUAUUUGAAACGUUUAAUUUAACCAACCUGAUCAGUGAGCCAACUCACGAACGAGGUGGAACACUCGACCUGGUUGUUUGUUCUGAAAAUUUUCAUGUUUCAAUUAGUAAUAUAUUUCUUAGUGGUGUGUACUCCGACCACAGUUUGAUAAAUUACGCGUUAACUUUAAAGUUUUGGAAAGAUUAUAUUUGGACCAAGUCAUCCCGCAAUAGCAUCAACGUGAAACAUGGCACUUCUGCUGUUCUGCUCUCUGAGCUAACUUGCCAACCGGUCGUAUCAAGCAGGCCUCUAAAACUUGCUUACAAAAAUUAA